AUGCACCACAUACCCCUCACGUCAACCCUCAUAAAUCCCAACAUGCUAUCCAACCUCCUCCCCUUCUCUUGCUUCCUCGCUUUCGCUCUCGCUCUUGCUGCCCCCGGCAACGACGCCUCCAGAAAGCUCGCUUCUUUCCCGUACCAGAUGACUCCACAGACUGCAACCCCCGCCGGGGCCACCGGUUCCGGCCACUCUCCCAACUGGGACUACAGCUGGGGCUGGGGCUCCGCUCCCGGCACCGGCUGGGGCUACGGUUCUGGAUCCGGCCGCUCUCCCUCCGGUUUCGGCAGGGGCUCCGGCUAUGGCUUCGGUUAUGGGUCCGGCUCAGGAUCCGGGUACGGUGCGGGCUAUGGCUCUGGAUCCGGUUCUGAUGGCUCUGGUGGCGGCGGGGGUGGCUAUGGAGGAGGGAGUGGUGGCCGUGGCAACCGUUUUCCGUCGUCCAGUUCGAGGGGAAGAAAUAACUACGGGUAA